AUGAAACUUUAAUAGACUUUAAUAAUUGCAUCCGUCCUUUCUUUACUAGCUUUAGCUACUGUUUUGACUUUAAACAAGUCUGAUAAGCUAUUUUUAAGAGAAAUUAAUCCAGACACACCUUGCUUAGACUUAUCUGUAUCAGGUAAUUCUCUUAUCGGUGAAAAUAUUUGUAACUAACCUAUGAGGUUUGUUGUUGCCAUCUAUACUCCUGAUGGAUUUAUUAGAGACGAAACCAGUUGCUUGAAAAAAGGAGAAAAAUUACCUAUAGCCGUUAAAGGUUCUACUAUUCGUACCUCUUAACUAGAAUGUUGA